UCUUUGUUCCUUGACCUUUGACCUGGUUCCACCGCCUGAGGCGCCAACUGCCCGCCAUUGCUGGCUCCAUCGCUGCGGUCUUCCGGCCGUUGUUUGGGCAGUUGCGGCUCCAGGCGCCGCCUCGGAGUCUGACUGGACAGAGUCAGGAACGUGUACUGCCUGGCUCCUCAGCUCCUCCUCCUCCUCCUAAAGUCCCUGUGAGGCUCCUGAAGCCGCGUCCACUUCGCCAGCUCCACAGCUCGCAACCAGCUGUGUCCUUCUCGCUCCUGCUCGCGAACGUAAGGCCUCUUGCCGCCCGCCAUGGCUACUCCUCAGCCCCAGAUGGAGGCCGGUUACCUGGCCGAGAGCAACGCUGCCAUCAACUCUCAGAUCCAGCUGCAGCUGUAUGCCGCUUACAUCUACCUUUCCAUGGCCUUCUUCUGCAAUCAAGAUGAAGUGGCCCUGGUGAACUUCGCGCUCUACUUCCUUUGUCAGUCCCAGAAGUGGAUGCAGAGCACCGAGAAGCUAUUCCACUUCCUGAUCCAGCGCAACGGCUCCCUCGUCCUUGGAAGAAUUGCCGAUCAAGAACGCCACGACUGGUGCGACGGCCUCAUGGCGAUGGAGUGUGCCUUCCACCUGGAGAAGACGCUCAACCAGAGCCUCCUGCAGCUGUACCAUCUGGCUAACAGCAAAGAUGAUGCCUGCUUCUGCAGCUUCCUGAAGCGCCAUUUUCUCCAACAGCAGGUCGAAAUCAUCAAGGAGAUGGGUGGCUACGUGACCAACCUGCGCCAUUUGGGGGCUCCAGGAAAUCGCCUGGCUGAGCAUAUCUUCGACAGGCUCACCCUGGGAGAGAGCAUCAAGGAGAACUGAACUGGGACUGUCACUGCUACGGUGGGGUCGUCCUCAGAUCACCAGGCAAGAUGCUAACAUACUUCCAGAAGUUUCCCUAGUUUUUCUGUUUGGCACUGUUUGCAAUAAAUUUGUUCCUCAGCAGAGUAA